CGGCUCUAAGCUUUUGAAUUUGAGAUUCGCCUCCGAAAACCCCUUUAUCCUAACCAAAAUCUAUUGUCCUGAGCCCAUGUUUCGCCCGAACCCACUAUGGCCCCCACUCUUCGCACAGUCGCAACUUUCGAAGAAUUUUGCCUUGUAGUAGAUUGCCUGUGGGAAUCGUAUGCUGAUCCCUAUAACCCGUUUCUGGGUAUCAUUGUCCCGAUCAAAGAACCUACUGCCGAAGGAGUAGCUACUGCAGUCCAGGGGCUCAAGGAACGAUUCUGGAAAUCUCAUCAAGCGGAUAAAGAUAGUUUUUGGGUGUAUAUUGUUGAUGAAGAUGAUCAAGGAGAGGACGCUGGAAAGAUCUUAGCGGCAGCAAAUUGGCUAUUUCAUGAAGUGAGUCCGUUUGGUGAGAAAAAAGAUGAAGAGAGUGGCGAAAUUGAAGGCAAUCAUGGCAACAAGAGUGACGAAACCGGUAAUAGGGAGAAAAAGGAGGACAAUAGCCUUAUAUCUUUGUGGCCCGAAGGCGAAGCACGCGAAUUUGUAAAGACGGUUCUUUUUCAAGUAUUCGGGAUGAGAGCGACAAGGAUGACAAGACCUCAUGCUCAACUCUCCAUGAUGUUCACCCUCCCCAACCACCGUGGUCGUGGUUACGGAUCUUCACUCAUGGAUUAUGGAAUGUCCAAGAUCUCAGAUAUGGAUGUAGAAGCACUUGUAGAGGCCUCUGCUGAGGGAAUAUCUCUGUAUGAGAAAUAUGGUUUCAGAACCAUUCAUAAGGUGAUCGUAGAUACCACUUACAAGAACGGAAAACCAGGAUUAAUUUGGCGUAAAAUGGCGCACGAGUGUAGAGGAAAGACUACGUGGUGGAUGUGGAAACCAAAACCGAGUGAUGGAGUACUUUAUACGCCAGGAAUGGAGUUACCGUGGGAGGAGAAGUAAGAAAGUUUGGGUCGAUAGAUAUGGGAUGUUUUAAUGAAAAUAUGUUUGAAACCUGAAAAGUUGCAAGAGGGGAUUAUCAGGUCGAGUGAUCUGAGUGUUCUAUUGCCUUUUCUUCAGGGGCACCCUAGAGACAGGGUGUGAAGUUGUAGAGUAGAAUUGGGCAACUUUGCUGCUUGGCAUCGAUACGGAAGAGAGGUUGAGGAUAUUAAAGUUGAAAGCAACUAUACAUAUUGAACUUGGGAUGCUUAUCAAUAUUCGUAUCAGUAGUUUGACUCUUCCGGUACAUCACACAUUUCGGUACCCUGUAAGAGGAAUAGGAGGGCGUAAAUUCAAGGAAUUUAUCAUCUUCUAUCAACCUCCUUCCUGGAGGAAAGCUUUUCAUGUAGUCUCCAUCUCCUUUGCAAAAUAAGAAGUCUGACAUGACAGCUAGUAAGACAAGAGUCAGUAAGAAAUAUCAAGUA